AUGUCGCACGAGCAUGAGCAUAACGCAUCGAUAGCUGAGACUGGGACCCGGGUGCAGGAUCCUGACACUGAUACGGUGGGAAAGACUGCGAUGGUUGGUGAGGAGUUGAACUCGAAUGCGAAUUCGAAGGACGAGGGCGAGGGCGGGUCGCUGGCUGCUGUUGGUGAUGUAGCUGCUCUGCCCACGGGAACCAUUGAUCCUGUCUAUGAGGCCAAAGCGAAAGUCUUGAAUCACGCAAUCCAGGAAAUUGGAAUGGGCAAGUAUAACUGGCAGCUCUUUGUCGUGGUGGGGUUCGGGUGGGCAAAUGAUAAUAUGUGGCCCAUUGUCACGUCUCUGAUCUUAAAACCGAUAUCAAAUGAGUUCAACCCCUCUCGCCCACCGCUUCUCUCACUCUCUCAGAAUAUCGGUCUCCUGGCUGGGGCGGUAUUCUGGGGCUUCGGAUGUGACAUCUGGGGCAGAAAAUGGGCUUUCAAUUUCACGCUUGGUGUGACUGCAGUUUUUGGCCUCAUUGCUGCUGGGUCCCCCAACUUUGCCGCCAUUGGCAUUUUCGCUGCCCUGUGGAGCUUUGGCGUCGGUGGUAACCUCCCAGUUGACUCGGCUGUUUUCCUGGAAUUCCUCCCGGGUUCUCAUCAAUGGCUGUUGAAUGCCUUGUCGAUUGAUUGGGCUUUUGCUCAACUCAUAGCUACUGCCAUUGCUUGGCCACUCUUAGGAGAUCUCACUUGUGAAGAAGAGGAAACUUGCACCAAGUCGAACAAUAUGGGAUGGAGAUAUUUUGUGAUUGCUAUGGGAGGGAUUUCUAUGCUUGAGUUUAUCAUCCGUUUUGUUUUCUUUACGAUUCAUGAAUCCCCCAAGUAUUUGAUGGGCAAGGGACGAGAUGAGGAUGCGGUGAGAGUCGUCCAUGAUGUUGCACGAAGAAAUGGGAAGGUUUCCAGCCUGACUAUUGAAGAUCUCAGAGCCUGCGAGUCCUUGGGAGCUGGUGGAGCUAUUCAAACCGACAGUGCGGCUCAACUCAAACGCAAGCUCGAAAAGCUAAGCCUAGUUCAUGUCAAAGCACUCUUCGCCACGCCGAAACUGGCAUUCUCCACUUCCCUAAUCAUGCUUAUUUGGGCCCUCAUCGGAUUGGCAUUUCCGUUGUACAAUGCCUUCCUCCCAUUCAUCCAAGCUUCUCGCGGAGCAAAAUUCGGCGAUGGGUCUACAUACAUUACCUAUCGCGACUCGAUGAUCAUCGCAUCAUUAGGCAUUCCCGGGGUGCUUUUAGGUUGUUUCCUCAUCGAACUUCCAAGAUUCGGAAGAAAGGGAACUCUUGCUGUUUCUACAGCCCUUACUGGGGUGUUCUUGUACGGUUCUACGUCGGCUUUAAGUUCAAAUGCUUUGCUGGGGUGGAAUUGCGCCUACAAUUUCUGCAGUAACGUCAUGUACGCUGUUCUCUAUGCAUAUACCCCGGAGAUCUUCCCUACCAAAGACAGAGGGACUGGAAAUGCCCUGACGGCAUCGGCCAACAGAAUUUUCGGCAUCAUGGCACCUAUCAUUGCAAUGUUUGCGAAUCUCGAGACAUCUGCACCGGUAUAUACAAGCGGGGCUCUUUUUAUCCUCGCCGGUGUACUAGCGCUUGUCAUGCCAUAUGAGUCUCAAGGGAAAGCAAGUCUAUAA